GUGUCUAUAAUGGCUGUGUGCUGCUGUUUGUCAGCAGAAGAAAAGGAAUGUCAUAGGAUUAAUCAGGAGAUUGAGAGACAGCUCCGCCGGGACAAGAAGGACUCGCGCAGAGAACUCAAACUGCUCUUGCUGGGUACUGGAGAGAGCGGGAAGAGUACCUUCAUCAAACAGAUGCGCAUCAUCCAUGGCUCUGGUUACUCAGAGGAGGACAAGCGCGGCUUCACCAAGCUGGUGUACCAGAACAUCUUCACCGCCAUGCAGUCCAUGAUCCGCGCCAUGGAGACGCUCAACAUCGCCUACACAGACAGCCAGAACAUUAGCCGCGCGGCCAUGGUGAGCGAGGUGGAGGUGGACAUGGUCAACACGCUGGAGCCAAACUAUGUGGACGCUAUCCGCUGCCUGUGGGAGGACAACGGGAUCCAGGAGUGCUACGACCGCCGGCGGGAGUACCAGCUGUCCGACUCCGCCAAAUAUUACCUGAGUGACCUGGACCGGAUCGCGGACCCCUCCUAUCUGCCCACCCAGCAGGACGUCCUGCGGGUCAGAGUUCCCACCACGGGGAUCAUCGAAUACCCCUUCGACCUGGAAAAUGUGGUCUUCAGAAUGGUGGAUGUGGGAGGUCAGAGGUCAGAGAGGAGGAAGUGGAUCCAUUGCUUUGAAAAUGUCACCUCCAUUAUCUUCCUUGUGGCGCUCAGCGAAUACGACCAAGUUUUGGCAGAGUGUGACAAUGCAAACCGCAUGGAGGAGAGCAAAGCCCUUUUCAAGACCAUCAUCACCUACCCCUGGUUCCAGCAGUCGUCUGUCAUCCUCUUCCUCAACAAGACCGACAUCCUGGAGGAAAAGAUUCAACACUCCCAUGUAGUCAACUAUUUCCCUGAGUUUAAAGGUCCCCAAAGAGACGCCAAGGCAGCACGGGAGUUUAUUCUUAGGAUGUACCAGGAGCAGAACCCCGACAAAGAGAAAACACUCUACUCCCACUUCACCUGCGCCACCGACACAGAGAACAUCCGCUUCGUCUUCGCCGCCGUCAAGGACACCAUCCUGAGACACAACCUCAAAGAGUUCAACCUGGUGUAGGUUUAGGGUCAGAGGUCAC